AUGGCAACUCAAGACACCCAGCCAACCUCCCCAGCGGAAUGGCAAAAGUAUGCCGAUGCCGUUGGGAUAUCGCGCAUCCCCAUGCUGUCCAGCGAUAAGGUAUAUGCGGAGACACACACGGUGCGAGACGUUUUGGUGGACGCAUCGUCCAUAUUUUCGGCUUCAAAGGGGGAGUCGGUCACUAUUUUAGCCGACGUGCUUGUUUUCUCAGGCGGCGAGAAUGUGGUCAAAAUCCCUGACUGCGGCGUUUUUAUGCUCUACUCCAGAGUGAUCACAGCCUCAUCGCCGAUCCAUAUAGUGUUUGAGCCGGAAACCAAGUCUGAAUGUGUGGUCAUGAUAUACGCCUCGAUCCUUGAUCAGCCGCUCAGCUACAGUUGCAAAUCGCACGACCCUUCUACCGUUGAUCUUGGCAGCGGUUCUCAGAAUGUUGGGAUUACACUGCAAAUAAAGCAUGGAAAACCUAAGGAAACUUAUAUGCCAAGCUAUAACGACCUUUCAGAACAUCCCAAGGAGUUCGCGGCCUGUUUAAGGGCACAGCUCCGUAUCGCAUCAGUCUUUUUCUGGAAACAGCCGCCCAUCGCAAUCUCUUUGACCUCCCAUAUCGCACGCGCUACCUCGAAGACAGAUUCGGAAAGUAUCCUAAACGCACAAGCUGUCGCUCUUGGUCAGCAACUGGCUGCUCAGGCGCUUGCAGGACCUAAUACUAGCUAUGCCCCAGUUUUACCAGUCUCCUCGUAUCUGGCCACUCUAGAUGACGCCAUCGAGACCGCAUCUGCGUUCGAGGUGCAGUACAUGCGAUUUCAGGAUCGAAAGCUCGCUCUCCAAGAUCGUAUGGCAGCUUGGGGGACCAUGCUAGACCAUGCUGAAGGCGCAACAAAUAUGCACAGAUCCCUCAGGGAUUCGGCAUAUGAGAAAUACUCAAACGCGUGCGACAUUGUUCUAAGCAGCUCACAGCAGUUCCAAUUGGAUCAGAUCACACUAGGCGAUAAAGAAGUGGAAUUUAAGAUUGGCAUCGAGGACUGGAAGGAAAAGAUGAAGUUUGAAGCGGCAUUCAAGAUAUUAACAGCCGUUAUUAGCUUUGCUAUUGCCAUAGGUGCCAUUUGCAUCGGUGACGGAGCUGCUGCUGCACGCGCCCCGGCUGAAGCUGAGGAGGCUGUCCAAGCGGUGGAGGAGGCAGAGUCGCUUGCAAGCGAUAUUGGCAAAAUACUCAAAUCUGACACCGUCAAGAAGCUAAAGAGCUGUGUGAUGAUGACCACAAAACUCUUAUCGUCCAUGUCCACGACUGUGGAGCAAAUUCGAAAUUUGGAACACAAUCCCGACACGAAGAUCGAUGACGAUUGGCAAGUCGACGGAGAUUUGAACAGUCUUGUAGCCCUUGCCUCGUGGGACAAAUGGCAGCUUGAAUCAGAUGAUCAGUUGGAGUUUGCCAUUGAGCAAAAAAUAAAUGGCGCCGCGGCUUAUCGGCUCGCGCUUCGUCAACACGCAAUAAAUGGAAAAUUGCUCGCUCAAGCCCAGGCCCAGGCAAUAAAGGCCGGUCAAGAGUAUGUCCAGGCCGAACUUGCGUUUAAUCUCAGCCAAAGCGACACGGCAAGCUUGAAAAAGCUAAAGGAUGAAUAUCGAGACGAGGAAGAGCAAGCCGAAAAGGCCGAAGCUAUGUUCUACGACCAACUUAUGUCUUUGCGAACAAGUGUGACGAUUGAAAUGCGGAAUCUAACCUGGGCAUAUAAAUUUUAUGCACUUGAGGACGCUUCAAUUGAGCUUGAUGCUCAAAAGACCAUCGAGGAAUAUCGUGUAGAUGCCCUUACGAUUCGAGAGAAGAUCGACCAGGCAAACUCGCGAUAUGCUGGAGAUUAUCAACCGUUCAAGUUCAAGGUUUAUCCAGAUGAGCUCUUCUUGACUGGCGCUUCUGGCAUCGUUGAUUCUCUCAAGGGCGACCAUCAUACUGCGAGCUUCACCCUUGUGCCACCAAACACUAAGACUUCCAACUAUAAGCAACUACUCUCUGGACCGUUCAUCGAAGGUUCGCAUUUCCGUGUGCAUGGGCUGGAAGUUGAGCUCGUGGGUGCUCGUCCUAAACCGGCGUAUCUGCGGCGCGGAACCGCAACAGUCCGAAUUGCCAUAUCUACGUCCGGCAUCUAUUCGGACAUUCAGGACGGCCAGGUGUUCCAUUUCACCAGCCUUCCAUUGCAGAGAGUGUUCGCGUACGAGAUGACGGAGGCCGGUGAAAAGGAGGAUGUGGUGGUCCAUUCCACUUUCCCCAGCACAAACCAUGCGGAACCUCCUGCUUUCACUCAAUGGACCAUCAAGUUGAAACAACCGGACCAUUUGGACCUGAGCGGACUGUCAGAUGUCCGGCUCAAAUGGACGGGGGCUGCAAAUUUUGCCGCUUAG